GUUCUUUACUGAUCUCCAUCCGAAUUCCAGAAGAAUUAAAUUACCAGAGGAAUAAGAAUGGCCAACUCUAUUAACAAUAUCAUCUUUUUUCUAGCAUCUGCCAUUUGUUUCUUGUGUCUCCUUAGCAUAGCCCACGGUGAAUCUCACUUCACCGUGGAGGGCAAGGUUUAUUGCGACACCUGCCGUGUUCAGUUCAUAACCAAAGCUACCUCAUACAUCAAAGGUGCAAGAGUGCGCCUGGAAUGCAAGGACCGUGAAGGUGGAGCUAUAACCUUUAGCGCGGAAGCAGAGACUGACGCGACCGGGACAUACCACAUUCCGGUGAAUGGAGAGCAUGAGGAGGAGCUUUGCGAGAUUAUCCCAUUAAAAUCCCCAGACCCUGACUGUAAUGAGAUAAACCAAGACCCCUUUGUCAAGAAAGCAGCUCAAAUUACUCUCACAAAUCACAAUGGCAUUGCUAGUCCUACACGCUCUGCCAAUCCCAUUGGCUUCCUAAAGCAACAAGCUGUUCCUGAGUGUUCUGGAAUCCUGAGGGAAAUGGGAAUCACCCCAUCUGGCCUUGUGCCAUGAUACUUACUAUUCAUUCUUGUGUGAACUCAAUAAACACUCUUCCUUUCGCAAAUUUUAAUCACGAUUAAGGGUUUUUGCUAUCUAA